AUUGGCAUGUGAAGUUGAUGCUGUCACUAUGCAAACUAUGAAUACACGUGAAACUGCUGCAGUUUCUUACUUUUUUACAAAAUGCCUUCUAUAAUACCACAAGUAGCUGUUUUUCAAGAGCUGUGGAUAAAUUAAUAUGAGUAUUCUAACUUUGAAUUUCAGCACCACCAAAUAUCUCCGAUGUUUCUGUUGAGUUCAGUUGUGAUGUCAACCUGAAGAAUUCUGCACCAGUUACAAUUGAAUGGAUGUAUGGAGUUGUGGAGGAGGGAGUGGUAUAUCCAGGAAAUAUGGAGGUGGUUGUGGAGCUGAACAAUGGACCGAUCAUCUGCUCUGAUCUGACGGAUGCUGACACCAGCUGUACUGUGACACUCCCCAGAGAUAUCUACAACAUCUCUAUCACCCAGUCCAAUGACAUUGGUUCUACUGUGGACAGUGCAGGGUUUGAUAUGGCAGUGCUAGUUGUAGCAGAGCAAAUUUCCUUGAUGCUAAACACUCAAUUGUUGUUUAUUGUCACUGUGAGAAGAAAUGGACUAUGUCCAGAGACUAAGUCUCCCGUUCUGGUAACAUUUGGAACCAGUAGAGAAGUGGCUGGAGGAGAGUGUGAGAUCGAGCAGAAAUCAUCUGAAAUGACCAUCUCUUCUGGAGACUCUGCCUCUUUCUAUGGUGAUGCUGCGCCUAUCACCUUAGGCCCUGGUGAGACAAUCUGCUUUAUAGUCAGCCUUGAUGGAGUGCCUGUGAUAUCUGGCACUAGUUCAAGGAAUGCAUCUACAGCCAUCACUAUUAGUGGUAGUAGCAAUGAAAGUAUUGUUUCAGUUGAUGCUGUUGCAGCUGCAACACAGGAUGUUUCUGUGGUCAGGAUUGAACCAGAUCCCCUGCAGCAAUUGCCAUGUCCGCAGCAGAUGAUUGAGUUCAGGUGCCAGAUAUUGGUACCAUCAUUUGCAGUGCAAUGGACUCUACCAACCGGUGAAACUCUGGGGUUUGGUGGAGGAAUGGACAUUGGGGCUGUAGAUAAUUCAUCUGAUAAUGCAUAUAGUGCUACUCUAAGAAAUAGGAUGGAAGAUCCCAACAGUGCUAUUAGGUUCUUCUUCACCUCAACUCUACUGGUGCUGGAGCCGGUAAAUGGAUCAAAUUUGACUUGUGUGGGAGUCACUGGAGCAGUUCCAGUCAAAGAGAGCACUUCAAUAAUUCUCAGUGGUACCCCAGACCCUCCCAAAUAUCUGAGUUACAACGAUAGAGUUGUGAUAGAGAGUUCAGUGAAUCUCCAGUGGACCAGACCUUCCUAUACUGGGGGAGUGGCUGUCAUGAAGUACUCUGUCAGUGUGAAUGGAAGGAGGCUAGAAGUUGCAGAUAGCAGUUACAGUGUCAGCUACACUACCUCUUAUCUGGUGUAUGGAGAUGUUAUGGUCUCAGCUAUCAAUACAUGUGGCCAGGAAAGCCAGCCAGCAGCUAUCAACAUACCUGCUGCAGCACCCCCACUACCUAACAUUGCGGUUCAGUUCACCUGUGAAUCAUUGCCAUGCACAAUUGAGUGGACGUAUGACAUGGAAGAAGGAGUGGUCUAUCCUAAUAUGGAUUUCAUUCUGAACCUCACUCCCACUGAUAAGACUGCCAGUAGUCAUAUGUUAUCUUCUGGAGAUCCUGCCUGUUCUGAUGCCACCUCUAAUAGCACCUACUGCACUGUGACUGUCUCCAGAGAUGUCUACAUAAUCUCUGUUAAUCUCACCAAUGAUCUUGGUUCAACUAUAAACAGCAGCACAUUUGACACACGGCCUGUUAUUGUGGAAAAGGAUUUGAUGCUGACUACUCAGUUGCUGUUGAUUGUUACUGUGAGAAAAAAUGCACUGUGUCCAGAGAUUAAAUCUCCCGUUCUGGUAACAUUCGGAACCAGAGCGCUGACUGGAGGAGAGUGUGAGAUCCAGCAGAAAGCAACCGAAAUGACCAUCUCUUCUGGAGACUCUGCCUCCUUCUGUGUGGAUGCUGCGUCUAUCACCUUAGGCCCUGAUGAGACCAUCUACUUUAUAAUCAGCCUUGAUGGAGUGCCUUUUAUAUAUGGCACUGGCAAUCCCUCUACAGCGAUCACUACUAGUUGUAGUAGUGAUGAAAAUGGCUUCUCGGUUGAUGCUGUUGCAGGUCUUUCAGUAACACUCACUCUGCUGGUGGUCCUGCCAGUGGGUGUGGUUUUUGGCUGCUGUGGGAUGUGGUGUCUGAUGAAGUCUCGAGGCAGAAAGAAGAGAAGAAUGGCUCCACCACUGUACGAGGAGCCAGUAAAACCUGUUUUUUCUCUGACUGAGAACCAAGCAUAUGGACAGGUUGCACAUCGACAGACGACCAGCUGAAUGUAACUUGGGAGCUGGAAAUUUCAGUAGCUAAUUAAGUUAGCUGUGUCAAUCAUUCCUUGUUUUUUACAUAAUACUUAGCAAUGACUUUUGAUUGACUAAUGU